AUGUCCACUCGAGUUUACGUAGGCAAACUUGCUCCCGACGUCCGUCGUGGCGACAUCGAGGAUCUCUUCCGUGACUACGGCCGCCUGCACGAUGUCCGCAUUAUGGGCUCGUUCGGUUUUGUCGAGUUCGAGCACCCUCGUGAUGCCGAAGAUGCCGUCAAGGAUUUCGACGGCAAGAACUUCAUGGGCGAGCGAAUCGUAGUCCAGCACGCAAAGAGCGGUGAGCGUCGUCGUGAGCCUGCCGGCCACGGUCCUGACGCUUUCGACCGUCGUGGCGGCAGCAGCUAUGGCAGGGAUGCUCCCUCGUCCCGCUAUGGUGCUCCCCCUCCUCCUCGCCGUGAACCUCGUAUCCGCCGCGGCCAGUUCCGUUGUGUCAUUUCCAACCUCCCUCCCAACACCAGCUGGCAGGAUCUCAAGGACAUUGGUCGUGAGCACGGCUCCAUCUCUUUCGCCGAUGUCGACCACAACAAUCCCGACGAGGGCUUCAUCGAGUACGACAACCGUGACGACUACGAGCGCGCUCUCGACAAGAUCGAGGGUAUCGAGCUCCGUGGCAACAAGCUCCGAAUCGAUCCUGCUCCUGCUCCUGCUCCUGCUCCCCGCGACGAGCGCGACCGUAGCCCUCCUCCCCGCCGUCGCGAUGACAGCCCUCCUGCUCGUCGACGUGACGACAGCCGUGAGCCUCGUGACCGCCAAGAUAGCCGCGAACCUGUCCCCGAGCGUAACGGACGCUACGACAGUCGAAGCCCUCCUCGUGACCACGACGAUGAUGUCCCUCGUCCUCGCGACGAUUGA